GUGUGCUUCGCGACAUGGAUGAGUACUUCUCUCAUGGCAGUGGAGGAGCUGGUACUUCGUGCACUCGAGAGCAGCUUGAAGGGGUGCAUGCCCAACGGUGCCUCCAAAGCUGAGGCUGGGGCUCGACGUCGCUUCAGAGCGACUUCGAGGAGAUGUGCGCGGCUUGGCCGCGCCUGGUGCAGCAGAGACACGAGGACGUGCAGGCUCGCCUGGCGCAGCUGGAGUUCCUGAUCCGUGCGGAGUGCUUGAGCACCUCGAAGUGCCUGGAGUUGCUCCGGAGCCAGCCGCGUAGUUUGGGCGACUACCGGGUGAAGCGCUUGUGGGAGCACCCCACUGGCCUCGUGGCUGUGAACAAGCCCUUCGACAUGCGCAUCGACUUGCCCAAGGAUGGCGGGCGGCACUGGGAGGAGGAGCUGACAGUGGCUGAUUGGUUCACGGCCAACUUCCCCAAGGAGAAGGUCCGCUUUUGCCACCAGUUGGACCAUGCAACUUCAGGAGUGCUCCUGAUGGCCACCAACAAGGCGGCCGGCCGUGUGGGGAGACCCGAACGUGGGUUCGCAGCUCUUUGAGAAGCGACGCGUGCAGAAGCAUUACUUGGCCUUGGUGCUGAACCACCCGCCGUGGUCCGGCGAAGUGCACCUCGCCGAGCGCCUCACCGAUGGCGCAGGCUUUGCCCGGAGAGUGGCCUCCAAGGACGAGCAAGGAGAGGAGGCGGAGACCGUGGCGGAGGUCUUGAAGCUGGGCUACUGGCCCAAACGAGGCAGCGGUUCGCACCCGUGCUCGCGCCCAGCGCUGCCGGUGGCCUUGCUGCGGCUGCGGCUCUUGACCGGAAGGCGUCACCAAAUUCGUGUUCACCUCAGCGCUGCCGGCUUUCCGAUCCUGGGAGAUGACACCUAUGGAGGGAAUCCUUGGAACGACCGAGCCGGGAGCUAUCGCAUGUUCCUCCACUCGCAUCAGCUGGUGUUGCCCUUUGAGUCUUUCGAGGACACCAUCUUGGAGGCACCUUGCAGCUUCGAGGAGGAAAUGGAGGA